AUGAGAGGGGCCGGGCUUGCAGUGAGAGGGAUGGGCCUUCGUGGUAGGUGGUCGGGGAGAUGGAACGCCCGUGCUAUCAUUGCAGGGCGGGCUGAGGCUGGAAUGCGGUAUGGGGAUCGGGAGGAGGAGGGUGUAAGGGAUAGAGAGGAGGAGGAGGAGGGAGAAGGGAGUAGGGAGGAUGAAGGGGAUAGGGAGGAGGGAGAAGGGAGUAGGGAGGAUGAAGGGGAUAGGGAGGAGGGAGAAGGGAGGAGCGAGGAGGAGGUGGAAGGAAGGGAGGAGGAUGGGGAAAGAGGGGGGGAGGAGGAGGAGGCAGAGGAGACAGUGGUAUUGCUUGAUGAAGGGGAAGAUGAGGAGGAGGAAGAGGAGAGUGAGAGGGAUGAAGAUGGAAGGGUGAAGAGAAAGAGCGUGCGAGGUGGGGCGGUGCUGGGAAGAGGAAGAGGGGUUGAGGGAGGUAAGAGGAGAGGAGGAGGGAAGGUGGGUGGGAGAGUAGGAGGGCGUGUGGGUGGGAAGCGAGGAGGAGGGAAGGUCGAGAGGGAGGCAAAGAGGAGAAGGGUGGAAGAGGAGGAAGGGGAAGAGGAUGAGGAAAAUGGGGUCAAGGAGAGGAGGAAAGGGGGCGGGCAGAGGAAGGAGAAGAAGCUGGGGAAGGAGAGGAAAGCGGGGAAGGAGAAAAAACAGAGAGCGAGUAGCAAAGCAGAAGCAGCAGCGGCAUUUGAAGAGGAAGCUUCUGCGGAAGCAGCGGCUGCCGUCCCAGUCGCAUCAUCUAACGCUGUUUCAGCUGAUGCUGAUGAUGACGAUGAUUUAGAGCUAAGGGAGUUGGGUAGAGGGGCAGUGGGGGUGGGUCCGGGGGAAGGGGGGGUAAGUAUACCCUGGGAGGGGCUUUCCUCGUGGGGAGAUAGGGGGAGGCAGUGGGGUGGAGAGGCAGCAGAGAGAGCAUCUGGGGGAUCUGGUGCUGCUGCUGCUGCUGCUGCUGUGGUGGUGCUAGUGGUGGUGCUAGUGGUGGUGGGUGGUGGUGGUGACGUGGUGAAUGCGGCAAGAGGGGCAGGGCGAAGAAAGUCCAAACCAAGUUCAUCAAAUACUGUAGCUGCUGCUCCCACUGGUGCUGGUGGUGGUGGUGGUGGGAAAGAGGGGGCUCAAGAGGCGACAAGGCCCACUCGGCACAGCAAGAGACUGGGUGUUCGACAGGUGUGUGUGCGUGUGUGA